AUGCUCAUUAUAGUUUCAGGAAAUAAAUGCUCUGGCAAGUCUGAAGUUGCUAAUUACUUGAUGAUCAAUGACUAUACGUUGUUGGAACUUGCUCGUCAGUGGCCCCUGCGCACUCCUUCUAUCCCACACACUCUACCGGGUUACAACUUUGAUGCGACAGGCCCUACUGAGGAAGAAACCGAUGGAUUGAUUCAUGUUGGAAACGAAAACCAAUCAUCUACUCCUCGAGUCAACUCUGAUGAAGAGGCUACUAAAAUGUCUAAAAAAUACUUGAAUCUUCUUUCUAAAAAUAUUCGCAAACAAGGACUUAAGGACAAAGGAAUAGAGUUUGAAAAAGUCAAAAGAGAAGAUACACUUGUCAAUGAUUUUGAUUCGACUUUAGAAAAAUGCACACCCCCAAGAAAAAAAACGAUCCGAGAGAUGAUGGACGAGUUUUCUGAAGACGAGGAGGGAGAGUCGAUAUCCCAACAUCACGAAGAAUCUGAAGAAGAUGGUGAAUCCGAUUCUGAAGAGCCCAAAACAAUUUCCGCCAAAAGUUCUAGCGAUAAUUUGAAACCAACUCAAAGCAUCACGGAUCUUAUUUACGAAAUGACUACCUCAGCAACAGACCAUUCUAUGCACACCAAAAAUGUACAUCCAUACGUCUACACCCCAGAAUUGGCAAGUGCAGCACAACCUCAGCUGCUACACGUACCCCAGCCACCCCCUCCCUUCACAGCAUAUAAAACAGCGGAUGGUACAAACAAAAUUAUUUUUGACUCUAUUGAUACUCUUAUUACUUACAUCGUUAAGAAUUGGAGAGAUGAUUUUGUAUUUAUUCUUGAGCCGGGCCCUAAUGCAUAUACCCAGCUCUUGCAAUUCGAAGCCAUACCAUACUCGCUCCAUGUAACUGUGGAAGCACCUAUAAUAACUCGUUGGAAGCGUUUCUUGGGGAAGGUAUAUGAUUUUUCGUUCCCACCAGCAGCUACUAGUACUUCCAGACUAGAGGAUCACUUGUCUAAAACCCUAAUUUUCAAUGGCCAAUCAACUAAACCCGAGUCUGAAGUUUCACCUCCAGUCCUUUUAGAGCGCUUCGUUACGGAUUCUGAUAAAAUCAUGUACGACAUAUCAGAUGGAUUCAAACCACUUGCAGCAGUAGUGGAUCGAGCAAAGUUAACAAUUGUCAAUAACACCGACACAAUCAACUCAUUACAAAUGAAGUUGAGCAGACUCAAUCUUAAAAAUACUGAGCGGUUGCGGCCUUCAUGGGAUCUUUAUUUUAUGCGCCUGGCUGGUCUUGCAGCAUUGAGAUCUAAUUGUAUGAAGCGCCGAGUGGGGUGUGUUAUAGUGCGUGAGAACAGGGUUAUUGCAACUGGAUACAAUGGCACUCCCCGUGGAUUACCUAACUGCAACGAAGGUGGCUGUACUCGGUGUAAUGGGGGUGGGGUAUCUGGGUCAAAUCUUGAUAGUUGCUUGUGUCUCCACGCUGAAGAGAAUGCUUUGUUAGAAGCCGGGCGGGAUCGUGUUGGAUCAACGUCUGUAAUUUACUGCAACACAGCACCUUGUCUUACAUGUUCUAUCAAGAUUGUUCAAAGUGGUAUCAAAGAAGUUGUUUAUGAACAAGCCUACAGUGGUCAAAAUUCCGAAAAUAUUUUCCAACAAGCAAAUGUAGUCAUCCGCCAGUUUGUUCCUCCCAACGAUAAUGUGGUCAUUUGA